AUGUUGGAGCUGAGGCUGGUGCAGGGGAGCCUGCUGAAGAAGGUGCUGGAGGCGAUCAAGGAGCUGGUGACGGACGCCAACUUCGACUGCUCCGGGACGGGCUUCUCGCUGCAGGCCAUGGACUCCUCCCACGUCGCGCUCGUCGCCCUGCUCCUCCGCUCCGAGGGAUUCGAGCACUACCGCUGCGACCGCAACCUCUCCAUGGGCAUGAACCUCGGCAACAUGGCCAAGAUGCUCCGCUGCGCGGGCAACGACGACAUCAUCACCAUCAAGGCCGACGACGGCUCCGACACCGUCACCUUCAUGUUCGAGUCACCCAACCAGGAUAAGAUUGCCGACUUCGAGAUGAAGCUCAUGGACAUCGACAGCGAGCACCUCGGGAUCCCAGACUCUGAGUACCAGGCCAUCGUUCGCAUGCCCUCCUCGGAGUUCUCCAGGAUCUGCAAGGAUCUUAGCAGCAUCGGCGACACUGUUAUUAUUUCUGUCACCAAGGAGGGUGUCAAGUUCUCCACUGCUGGAGAUAUUGGAACCGCAAACAUUGUUUGCAGGCAGAACAAGACCGUUGACAAGCCUGAGGAAUCUACCAUUAUAGAAAUGCAAGAGCCGGUUUCACUUACCUUUGCUCUGAGGUACAUGAACUCCUUCACUAAGGCAAGCCCACUGUCAGACCAAGUCACCAUCAGCCUCUCAUCUGAACUGCCAGUGGUUGUUGAGUACAAGAUUGGCGAGAUGGGCUACAUUAGGUUUUAUUUGGCACCCAAGAUUGAAGAGGAUGAGGAAAUGAAGGCAUGA